UGUUGAGGGGCAGGGGAAAGUAGUGCUACACCGGUGUGCUCGCUGGCGGAUACUUCCCCGCCCCGUGGCCUGGCGCCGCCCCUCUCGCCUAGGCCGCCCCGCCUUCUCCCGCUUGCCUGCCUGAGAGAGGAGCUACUGCGUCCGUUGCCUGUACGGCAAUUCGGCAAAGAAGAGGGAAAGACGGAGGAGGAGGAGGAGGCGGCCCCGGGGCGGGGCGAGGGAAUGGAGCAGUCGGGCGCUUGGCUGCUGCUACCGCCGCCACCGGGGCGACUUCCGUCGCUGGUUCCUUUCUGAGUCGGAACCUCCCUCCCUCUCACCCCCGCCGGGCUUCGCCCAGUCUCUCCUUCUGCAAGCGGACAGGCGGGACGCGGAGGAGGAGCGACGACGACAACGACGACUCACCGUUGUUGCUUUCCUGCCGUCGCCGGGACUCGGAGCCCCAAGAGCGCCUCUCUCUCCCACCACCCCCUACCCCCGCUCUCUCCAGCCCCUCUUUCCUGCGCCGGCCAGGAGCACCUGGGGCGCCCCCCGCCGUAGCUGCUGCAGCGCAUCCUCCGUGUGCCUCCCGCCACCCCCGAUUCCCGCUGCCCCCCGCGCCCAGAGGCACCUGCGCCCCUCCCCCGCCCCAGCGAGAGAAGGACAAGGCCGGAGCCGGCCGCAUUUCCCUCCCUUCGCCUCCGGCCACUUCCAGACCUCCAUGUCCUGUCUCUCCACCUUCUGGAGAAUCCUUCAACCAUCAGAAGAGGAAAUGGAUGGUGUGUUGUGGAGAAGAAUGCGACCUGCAUAUGAAUGUGAAUUGUGAUGGAGAAAUCUAUGAAUACCGGAACAUUUUCUUGGAAGCACUUUAAAUACCAGUGAAUGGUGCUUAUAGAGGAUCCGCUGAGAACAUAUUUUGCUCUGACGACCACGAAGGAAAAACUCUUUGCGAAUGGGAUGAAUUCUCAAGUAGUGACUGCCUGCAGCAGCUUGUGGAUUCAUAAUAACUAGCUGGAACACUUAACUAGUGAUGUUUCCUUUUCUACUUUAUCCCAUUUGAGUUUGCCUGUCUUGACUGGGGAAAGAAGUUCAAAGUGGAGUACCGUAAACUUGAUAUGGAUAGCAAAAAGAAAGACAAGGACAAACCAGAUGAUAGAAUGGCAAGGCCUAGUGGACGUCCAAGUCACAAUCCACGAGGCAGCAGCUCUUCAAACUCUGGAGUCUUAAUGGUUGGACCUAACUUUAGAGUUGGGAAGAAAAUUGGAUGUGGCAAUUUUGGAGAGCUACGAUUAGGAAAAAAUUUGUAUACAAAUGAAUAUGUGGCAAUUAAGCUGGGGGAAGGAACAAGACACACACACCCCAUGCACUUACUAUCGGCUAAGAUAGGUGACCGGAAGAAGAGAAGGAGAAAGGAGCCAAUGAAGUCUAGAGCACCACAGCUGCACUUGGAAUACAGAUUCUAUAAGCAGUUAGGAUCUGGAGAUGGAAUACCUCAGGUUUAUUAUUUUGGCCCUUGUGGCAAGUAUAAUGCCAUGGUGCUGGAACUACUGGGACCUAGUUUGGAAGACUUAUUUGACUUGUGUGAUAGGACUUUUUCUCUGAAAACUGUUCUUAUGAUAGCCAUACAAUUGAUUUCUCGAAUGGAAUAUGUUCAUUCAAAGAACUUAAUAUACAGAGAUGUAAAACCUGAAAACUUCUUAAUAGGACGACCAGGAAACAAAACUCAACAAAUUAUUCAUAUUAUAGAUUUUGGUCUGGCUAAAGAAUAUAUAGAUCCAGAGACAAAGAAGCACAUACCAUACCGAGAACACAAAAGCCUUACAGGAACUGCUAGAUACAUGAGUAUAAAUACACACUUAGGAAAAGAGCAAAGUAGAAGAGAUGAUUUGGAAGCUUUAGGUCAUAUGUUCAUGUAUUUUUUAAGAGGCAGCCUUCCAUGGCAGGGCCUAAAGGCAGACACAUUGAAAGAACGGUAUCAGAAAAUUGGAGACACAAAGAGAGCAACUCCCAUAGAAGCACUCUGUGAAAACUUCCCAGAGGAAAUGAUUACAUAUCUUCGUUAUGUGAGAAGAUUAGAUUUUUUUGAAAAACCGGAUUAUGACUACUUAAGAAAGCUCUUUACAGACUUGUUUGAUCGGAAGGGUUAUAUGUUUGAUUAUGAAUAUGACUGGAUUGGUAAGCAGCUGCCUACUCCAGUCGGUUCAAUCCAUUCAGAUCCUGCGAUAUCUUCCAAUAGAGAAGCACAUCCACACAGAGAUAAGAUGCAGCAGUCCAAAAAUCAGUCGACAGACCACAGGGCAGCUUGGGAUCCCCAUCAGGCCAAUCCCCAUCACUUGAGAGCUCACCUAGCAGCUGACAGACAUGGUGGCUCGGUACAGGUUGUAAGUUCUACAAAUGGCGAGUUGAACACUGAUGAUCCUACGGCAGGCCGUUCAAAUGCACCUAUCACAGCCCCUACGGAAGUAGAAGUAAUGGAUGAAACAAACUGCCAGAAAGUGUUGAACAUGUGGUGCUGCUGUUUUUUCAAGCGAAGGAAAAGGAAAACCAUUCAGCGCCACAAAUGACUUUGGAGGAAGGCAGACCAUGGGGAAUUACUUACUUGCUCAUCUGCUAUCUUGUGACAAGUCAUCUCUGUAGUGACCACACAUUUUUCUGGCACCCCUCCUCCAGUGAAAAGGUCAUCAUACAUGCUUUGGUUUGGUUAUUCGACAUUCAUAUAUUAGUUUGGAUCAUCUCUUCUGGAAGCUUUAAAGCUGUGUCAACACAAGUACUUACUUGACCGCUAAGAUACUGGACCAAUGAAAAACAAAUGCUGCUCUUUCUUCAGCAAAACUAAACUGUCAUAGAAAACAUUAGCGGUGUAAUAGCUGAAGACCAGAUAUUUAAUAACCUGGCAUGGCUGAGGUUUUUGUGAUGCCAUAUUGAAAGCAGUUGAUAUCCAAGAGAACAAUGCAAAUGAAAGCAUAACUACCCAAGCAUUUAAAAUAAGUCGUGCUUUAAGAUUUCUUUUCAUUGAUUUCUUUUUCCUGCAUUGCUGAAAAAAAAUGAUGGUACUGCGUUUUCAAAUUGUUACCAUUAAAUCCUAUCAGAAAACAUGGUACAGUCACUGCCCAGUGGUACUGAGACAGAAGCAAGAUGAAGAGCCAUCUGACAAAAGUCUUAAGUGCUUGGUUUCUGGGGGGAAGGGGUUGAAUCAUUGUCAGUAAAAUCUGGGUUUCAAAAUCUGCUUUUGUUGUGCCUCUAAGAUGCAGUGUAGUACAAGUGGCAAUAGUGCUUGUUAAGAAAUACAAAAUGUUUGUACAAUGCAAGUUGUGCUUCCAGUUAUGUCUGACACCAAGGCUGAAACUUCAACAGAAAGAUAUUUGGGGGGUUGUAAGACACACACUACAAGGAAGUAACUGUGAACAUAAAUUAGAGAAUGGGAAUUUAAAUCUGAAAACUCCUAUCAAAAACUAGUGCUGAUUGGCUACCUUUUAAAAAGUGAAAAUCUGGAUGUGCCAUGUAACAAACUGGUGUCUGAUUAUGAGAGAAAGUGGAAAUGGGUUGGAUUUAAAACUGCCUUGAAUGAAUGCUGGCCUGUAGUUCUUGAUCACUGCUGGGGAUUUCUGGAAUUUUCUUGGUUUUUGGUGAAAUAUUGCAGCUCUUCUAAUACAGUUGAUAAGAUUGAUCAGGUACUUGCCCCAUAGCUCCUUGAAGUGCCUGUAUUAUGAAUACUGAACAAACUAGCUGUUCAGUAGAAAAGGCAGCCCUUUCCAUUGUUUCAGAUCUGCUUCAUUUAAAGCCAUAAUGACAGAGGUGUGCUUUUGUCAUGUUUAGCUGCCAGUAUCAUGAAGAGAUGGAAUAAAGGAAUGAAAAUGGCCAGACGGAUAUGUUGACCAAAAUUCAAAUUGUGUAUGUCUUCUUUUAAAGAUAGCUUCCUAGAGCUAACUUUUAAUAACUUUUGUCUAUCUGUGCAUGCCUUUUGGCAUACUUAUUUAUUUUAAUCUCUUGUGGUAACAUUCUAAAUGUGUAUUUAAAUUGAUAAAUGCACACCUUUGGAUUCAUUAUUGCAUUUACAGGGAUUGUUUUGUAAUUUAUUUUUUCUUAACAGCCAAAAGUGCAGUGCAUUGUCUCAAAUUAGGUGCACACAUUAACACAUUGUACAAAUCUGGUCAUUGUUUGUCACUGUUGCUCUUAAUGACUUCAGCAAAUUCUUGAUCUAAAAGCUUGAACCUGGCCUAUAAAAGCAUACACUAUGGGACUUGGUCAAAAGUUUCCACUCUACUGUUUGUAUUAUUGAUAAUGUCUUAAACUCUCAAGGAGACUGAAUUUUUUUAUUUUUAUUUGAGCUGAGAAGGUAGACGGUUAACUUGGCUAUCCUAAUGUGAACAUUUUCUUUGCAGUAUUUGACCAAAUUUCUUUCUCCAUAAUAUUUGUAAAUACAUUCAGUAUCUUUCUUAUUAUACACCUGUUCAGUGUCAUUCUCAAGGGUUUCUUUGGCCUGUACAGUGUUUAUACGAUCUGAAAUCCUUACACAUAAACAGUGUGUAUAUUAAUCCAAUUAUGGACUUGAAGAUUGAAGAAAAAAAUACAAAACCUGUUUUACUGCAAAGACCAGAAUCUAGACAUUGCUAUUUAGCAAUAUUUUUAAGUACUCCAUUAUAAUGCUAAGGAAGAUGUCCUGGCAACACACAACUGAUCAAUAGUAAGUUAUGCAGUUAUGUUCAGGUUAAGCCAACAAUGUUUGCAUUUAUAUGCUUUUUCCCUGUCUAAACUAAUGAAAUCAAAAUUGCCUGAAUGUCUGAUAAAAUACAUCCCUGUUUAAAAUAUGUAAUGGAUGAUGAAGAAGAAAAUAAAGGUAGUUUUUUUUA